UGAGUGAGUAGGCAUGGCCGCUUCGAACCGUCUUGGGGACGUCGUGGGACCUCUUCGACGCAUGCUGGAGGCCAUCCGAAGCCAAUUUGGCCCACAUGACUCCAUCUUGGAUGCCAACGAGCCCCAAGAUCCUUGAAACCACUUCCGUAGCCAUUUUGGCUCAAGUAAGAGUGGCUCGAGGCUGCUCGCGGUUGUCAGUCGGGACUGCCAGUUGCGGGAGGCUCUCGAGAAAUUCUUCGCCCUAAGUCCUACCCCGCGGCAGCGGCACAAUCCUUCGCCGCCAUGUUUGGAUCGCCCCUCUCGUUGCCAGGGCCAAGCACAGCACACGUCGGAACCGCCAUCCCGGAGCAGCUCGGGGCCAGCUGGGAUGGCAGCACCAGGAGGGUCUUGGUGCAGAACACAUUCAUCGAGGUGAUCUCCGAGGCCACCGAGGACCACAAGGACACCAAUCGGCGCAACCGUUCCGCGCCGGCAGCAGUGACCACCGAGCAGGCGCUUGAGGAUUUUGACAGCGCUUUCACAAUAUCGGGACAUGGCAAACUGGACAACGGCGCCAUCGACUGCGACUUCGGUGAUGAAGGCGGAGGAGAUCGCACCACUGUGGUAAUUCGCAACCUGCCGCCCAACUAUUCUCGGGCGUUCCUGCUGGAGCUGCUUGACGCACAUGGCUUUGCAGGAAAGUAUGACUUUGUCUACUUGCCGCUCGAGUUCGGCUCCGGCACGACAUUCGGAUUCGCGUUCGUGAAUCUCACAGGGCCAGAGCACGCCGCUCACUUCAAGACGGUUUUCGAUGGGUUCUCCUCCUGGCAGGUACCCUGCGAGUGCGAGGCGGCGGUGGGCUGGAGCUGGUCGCAGGGAUAUCAGGCCCACGUCGAUCGCUACAGGAACAGCCCAGUGAUGCAUGACGCCAUGCCCGACGACUGCAAGCCCAUCGUGUUUGCCGGCGGGGCACGCGCAGUGUUUCCGCCGCCGACCAAGCGGGUGCCUCCCCUCAAGCGGCAGCGGAGGCGCCCCGCGCCCAGCGCCCGCGGCGCCGCGGCGCUGGCGGCGUCUGCGGGAGACGAGUCGAGCGGCCCGGCCUCGAACGCGGAGGGCGGCUGCAGUCUCUCGGGCCGACCAGGGGAGGGCUCCCUGAUGCGCGGCGCCCUCGAGGCCGUCGACCGCGGAGCCUGCGAGAGGGACCUCGUCGGGGAGAGCCCGCUGGCCUCCGCCCUCUGCACGUACGCCGGCGGGCGCCUGGGGCGAGAAGACGGCCGAUGGAAGGCGUCACCGCGGCGGGAGAGGCCCUCGGGGGCGCGCGAGGCGCGCGAGGCCAGCUGGGCCGACCUGUCCGAAGAUCUGGGCUGCCCCGCCGCCCUGCAGGGCCUGCUGCUGCCCGGGCUCUGCCCCACGCAGGAGCUGCAGGCCCGACCACCCUCCGCGGCGCGGGCGCCGCGCCCCGAGGGCCCGGGGGCGCCGGGGCCUGGCUGCCACGACGAGGAGGCGGACCUCCACAGCGAGAGCUCCACCGACGUCUCGAGCUCACACGUCCUCUCCCAGGUCGUCUGCCAGGAGCACCCGCACUCGGCGGGCCAGCUGAGCUCGGGCUCCACGACGGCGGACGCGGCGCAGCGCAGCGACACCGCCCGCUCCGGCGCCAGGCGCGGGAGGCGCGCGGGCAGGCGCGGUGCGAAGAGCCACGCGAGCGCAGCCCCCUGGACAGGAGGCUCCAUCCUGCUGCCCGGCCUCGUGAGCCUGGGGUUCCGCGAUGCCGGCCCACUCACCCGGAUCUCCGACGACUCCGAUGUGUCCUAGGCGCGCCACCAGCGGCCUGUAUGGGUCGCGUCCGAAGGAGACAGUGACAAAUUGCCCCGACGACGCACCCGGGUGGCCAGAGGGGCAUUUUUGUACUUGUGCUGUGUGCCUUUGGAGGGCCAGAGCGCAUGCGAUAUCAGUGCGAGGCCUUCUUAGCGUUCGGCGGCUGCCGUGGGCGUGCGUGUCUUCCGAUGAGCUCCAGGAGCCAGGGGCGGGGGCGCUGCCCGACGCGACGCACGCCGGGCCCCAUGCAGUCUCUCGCUGCGGUGCCGCUGGGCAGGCAGGCGCAGUCGCUGCUUGAACGGCGCCCCAGCACCAGGGCACGCAAACGGAGGGGAGAAUAGGAGGGCGAGGAGGAGUGGAGGUGAGAUUAGCUACCAGGCCUGCCUGUGCCCUGUGGCGCACACCUGUGCUGGCGCCGUGCGCAGCACAAACCUCUGCCCUGCGCCUCCCGAGGCGGGGGCCCCUCCUUUUCCUUUCCCCACUCCUCCUUCUGACUUCCCUUCCCUUCCCCUCCACCGCCCCCCGCUGCCGCUGCCCCUCCUGCCUGCGAAGGCAGCUGCGCGUGCCUCCCGCGAGCGACUUUUUUUUGCAGCCUCGAGUGGGCCUCCUCCUCCUCCUCCCUCUCCUCCCUGUCCUCCUCCUCCUCCUCCUCCUCCUCCUCGUCCCUGCCCAGUCGCGCUGUCCACCGCUCCACAGCGGCGCGGGCCGCGGGGAGGCGCCUCCCCGCGGCGUCUUCUGCGAGGGUUCCGUUCCGUGGCCUCGCACCACAUGUGCACGUUCAUUGAUUCCGAUAGUUUGAUAUGUAUAUCGGAGACAUAGUGACAUAGUCAAGUCAAGCCCUGCGCUCGAACGGCGCAUUGGCGAAUAAGAAGUUAGCACAGCGCAGUGUCGCCGGACAGCUGAUGCGAUACGACAUUCCGUGAAAACGUAUCCGUAUCGGCUCCAUCAGGACGAGGAGAGGAGGGAGAGCGCCGAAAACAGUCGGUGACGGCCAGCAGGGGUCUGGCCGCGGGCAACCAGCUUGAGGCUGCACCCGAGCCUGUAGGCCCGAGGCUGACACGGGGACAGCCUCGCCCGAUGGCGCGGCGGCGCCUGCUGGCAAAAGCGAAUAGACGCUGGAAGCCCAUUGCUGUUUGGGUCUCCUUCUCUUCCUUUCCUGCACCCAUCGCCUAGGCAGCCUUGUGCCAGGCUUAUACAGACAGCAGGGAGGAAUUUUGGCAAACCGACGCAGUUGCCCACGCGGCGGCCUCGGGCUGUCGCAGCAGCCGCCGUCGCAGACGUCGCCGUCGCCGUGCCAACGCCAGCGCGCUGCUACGCGAAUGCUGCCGCUGGCGCAGGUUUACGCUUACAGGUAUCAGUUGAUUGCCCGAUCAGUGCUUGCACUGAAGGGGUCCUAGCGGACAUUGAAAGACUUGGCGAAAGCCUUCCGUCGAUUUUGGUGGCCAGCUGGACUCCCCGGGUUCCCGGUUCCGGGCUCCCGUGUUCCUGGUUAUUGGUUCCCCACGCGUGGGUUCCGGGUUCCCAGAUUCCCGGAGACAUAGUGACAUAGUCAAGUCAAGCCCUGCGCUCGAACGGCGCAUUGGCGAAUAAGAAGUUAGCACAGCGCAGUGUCGCCGGACAGCUGAUGCGAUACGACAUUCCGUGAAAACGUAUCCGUAUCGGCUCCAUCAGGACGAGGAGAGGAGGGAGAGCGCCGAAAACAGUCGGUGACGGCCAGCAGGGGUCUGGCCGCGGGCAACCAGCUUGAGGCUGCACCCGAGCCUGUAGGCCCGAGGCUGACACGGGGACAGCCUCGCCCGAUGGCGCGGCGGCGCCUGCUGGCAAAAGCGAAUAGACGCUGGAAGCCCAUUGCUGUUUGGGUCUCCUUCUCUUCCUUUCCUGCACCCAUCGCCUAGGCAGCCUUGUGCCAGGCUUAUACAGACAGCAGGGAGGAAUUUUGGCAAACCGACGCAGUUGCCCACGCGGCGGCCUCGGGCUGUCGCAGCAGCCGCCGUCGCAGACGUCGCCGUCGCCGUGCCAACGCCAGCGCGCUGCUACGCGAAUGCUCGCGCUUGUGUGCCGUCCUUGAGGCCAGAGUAGAGCGACAGCACAAUCCCGGGUGCCAUUUGCGGCGGCCGCCGAACCCGCAUGGGGGGGGGCGGCGGAGCGGAUGCAUGGCUGCCUUGAGUCGGGGUUGCAGUAGGCACAGCAAGUCAGACAUUGUCUCUCAUGCCAAGUCUUCUCGUCAUGUCUGCCUACUGUGGCCCGCGGCGGCGCCAGCACCAAAAUGGCCAGGAAGCGUCGGCGCGGCGAGCCAUUGACUCGCCCGCGCGCCCCGCUGAAGAGGUGGCAGUACAGUCGAGUUUGAUUAGCAGGUCGACCCUGCCCAAGCAAGGGCACCCUCGUGUCCUGUGUUUCGCGGCCAACGCCCUCGACUUUCCACGAGCACUGUGGUCUUCGGUGGAGUCUUGUGUCCUCACGCGUGUCCUCUCCAAUCCACCCUGUUCCCCGAGCAUUGAGUGCUCCACCCGCGGCGUCCGAUGAUUCGCCAGUUUCCACUGUGCACUGGGGGAAGUCGCCCGGUUCAUCCGUCCUGCGACGAGGCCUAGCGUAGCAGUCAUUGCGUAAACAGGGGUCGCCUCGAGCCCUGAGCGUUCGCCCCACGUGCCUUUUGCAAUGGUCCACCUUGCUCGAGGGCGCGCAAGGGAGUGCUGGCGCGACCCAAAGCGUCGCGCCAAGGCUUUGACCGAGGUUUGUCUUGCAGGCCGCUUCUGCAUCCGAAGCUGCAGUGGAGCUUCACCAUAAGCGCUCGCGGCGCCACACGCGCGUACCCAAAA